UAGACGAACAACGCCAAAGUACGUGUGUCUCGGUCGUGAUUAGGGUUCUUACACAAGGCUAUAUUGAGUAAAGCCAUUUACUACGGCUUGAGUAAAUAUUAUUUUAAUAAAUACUAUAUUAUAUUUUUUUUAUUGAAUUAUCUUAUCAUAUAUUAUAUAUUUUUUUAAAUGAUGACCCGUAUGGACGGCAUGGCUGCAACUGACCGUUGACUUUAAAGUUUAAAUCAUAAUAAUCAUAUUCACAUUUUUUGAUAUUUGUUUGUGUAUUGGAUUUUGUCGAUCAUACGGGUAAUUAAUCGAUUUAUUAACCACAAAAUUAUAUCAAUAUGACCGAUUCUCGUAGUUCGAAUACAAACGUUUAUCAAGGUGGUGGUCAUUUUGAAUUUUCUUCUGAAAAAAAUUGGGGUGUAGAACAAGAAGAUUGUAGAAUAUUUGAUUCUAUUGAUAUGACACAUCUAGCUGCAAGUAUAGCUAGUAUACCAUUUAAUAUACAACAUGACAUACCUGUUAAACUAUUUACUGCGGAGCAAUUAGAAGAAUUUGAAGUAGAGUCAUCUCUUGCUUUGAGCCGACAUACAUCGCUAUGUAAUUCAAAAUUAUUAAAUAUUAAAACUGGUUUGCAAACUUCUGAAAGUAGUCAAACACCCACAGACACAAAUAAACUGUUUUUGAAUAAUGAUUCUAAAUCAGAAGUUGGUAAUGUUUCUUUUGGUUAUGAGAUUCAAUCUAAUAUAGAAUUAGAAGAAAUAUUAGGAAAUAGGAAACCUUUAUUUAACAUACUACAAGAUGAAAUAAAUUCAGUUACUAGUAAAAAUAAUGGUGAAGCUGAUUCAAUCAUAGUUGCAAAUCAAAAAAUGUCCAACAAAGAUGAUAAUAAAAUAGAAAUAACAAAUCAUAAUUCAGGGCAUUGGCUUGAUUCAAUGUUGGAUAGUGAUGAAUAAAAAUUGAAACUGUAUUUUUCAAUUAUUUUAAAUAUUUAAUUCUGUAUUGAUAUUUAUCCAUAUAAACUGUUUUGUAUAUGUUGUAGGUAUAUAAUAUACAUUAACAUUAUGUAUAAUUAUUAAAACAGUGCUAUAAAAAUGUUUUAAUUGAAAUAGAUUCAAAAACCAUUAAAUGUAAAUAUUUCAAAUUCUUAAAUAAACACAUUUAAUAUUUUA